CAGUUGCGUACACACUGUACUGGGUCCAGUGGCAGUGCUUGUUGUAUGUACUACUGUACACUAAAACUUAGCACCAGGUCUGGGAACAGUUGUUGCUGACUGUAUGCGUAGUCUUGUGGAGACGAGGGAUGGAGACUGCUGGCUCUCUUCCUGUCUCUGUAUUCCUGGAUGCCGGCAUUAUAAAGUCAGUUUGUGAUGGAGACGUGGAUGCAGUCGAUCAAUUCCUACAAGAAAGCAAGAACUUGGAUGCAACGGAUGUUAGGAAACGCUCACUUUUACACUACGCAGUUGGAUACAAUCAGCUAGAAGUUUUAGAGAAACUGUUGGCUUAUGAUGUCGAUGUCAAUGCUGCAGACUCUAGAGGGUGGACUCCACUACAUACAGCAUGCAAAUUAGACCAUCGAGAUGCGGCAAAAAUGCUUACUAGACGCAAUGCCAGCAUUACCAGUCGAACGUCUGGUCAUCGUUGUAUGCCUGUUCAUGUUGCAGCUCAGUUUGGCUCACUUGGUGCUAUGCAGGAAUUACUGUGUGGUAACAAGGAUGCCAUGUGCUUUGCAGCUGACAACUAUACACCCUUACAUUAUGCGGCUCUGGGUGAUCAUGUGGAUGUUAUUCGGUAUCUUCUGAGUCUUGAUUGUAAACACGAUCUACUUGAGGCAAAGACGUUUACAGUUGGUUACACUGCCGUUCAUGUGGCGUCUCUACAUGGAAAGAGAGAUGCUCUGAAUGAGUUGAUGUUACGUGGAGGAAGUCCAAGGAUAAAGACAAAACGUGGCAUUGACUGUUAUGGCUUGUCGGCUCAAGGCAAUCAUACUGAUUGUAUGAGAAUGCUAUCUGAGCCAUGCAAUGCAGGAACACCAAGAAUUGAAGCUGGGGCUAUUGCAGGAUAUCUGCCACAUUCAUUGUCAAUGCCUGAGUCACGUCCAGACACUCAUUCAGAACAAUGCAGAGAAACUAAGGAAGACAGAGAGUUUGACGCUACAAAACUUGAAAGCAGUUUUACAGAAGUGAUCGACAGAUUAGGUAGUCUUGAAGCAGGGGUGGUAGAAAUGAAAGAUAUGAUAGGUGAUUUGGGAGACAAAGUACAUCGUACGAAUUCGUCCUACUAUGUAAAGGUUCCGUAUGUCAACAUCCAUCCUGUUCCGAUCAAUGUAUUGGAAUAUGAGGAUGCAUGUCAGGCAUAUGAGAAGGAAGUUCAAACGUACAUUGUUGGUGCAAGUAUUGAUUUUGUUGUAUUGGGUGUUGGCCGUGAUGAGAGAGAUCCGUGGGAAACGCAGUUGAAGCCCCAACUAGUGGAUGUGGCCGAAAUAUUGGGGCCACGACGCAAUAGGGUUCCUGCUCGACUAUAUAGCAAAAGCCUCAUCAGAGGAGACGAAUUAGACUGGUUCGACACAUCAACUAAAGUAGAAACGGAUUUGGCUUUGGAUAUUCUAAAAACUUUGCUUCUUCGUCCACAACGUCCCGGAUCAUUCGACACAUUUUGUGAUGUUCUUCUUGAGACAAACGAUCACACAUUACGUGCCGUGGAGAGGAAGCUUCGUCCACAUGUGCAACGUCAAGGUAACACCGAGAGUCAUGAUUUAGCAGAGCAAAACAGUUUGCACUUGAGAGAACGUCAGCUGCAGCAAUCUAGUGACAAUUUGGUUGCUAAAACAGAUUGUGGCUCUGGUGAUGACAAGUCUAGUCAGAAACUUGACAGAAAAUCAAUUCAAUUUUUUGUGAAAGAAGAUUUACUGGAAGAAUUCAACAAACAAUCGAAACAACUAUCACAUGCUUUGGCUCAUGGACUUGAUGUUCCAAAGAAAAAUAUUACAUCACAUCCAGCAUGUGGUCAAAUCCCUUGUUCACAGAGCAAACGGGCUUAUGUUAUUCAUGUUGCUGAGAAGGCUGUGAUUACAAUUCUUGUCAGUGGAGUUACAAGAGCUGCAAUUGAGGAUCACAGCAAUAUGAUAAUCAAUUUACUUGCUGUAACUGCCCAAUUCAAAGAAUCGGAGAUCGAAAUUGUUCAAAUUUUGCCUUCAAACAGUUGUUUGUUGGUUAUUCGCUUGCCAGGAUUGGCAAUGGUGGGCCUUAUUAUUGCCUUUUUCAGUCCACAAAUGAGGCUCGUGUUUCUUCAACGUCUUGCAAGAGUUUUGCCUGAAUCAGCUGUGGAAAUUAAAUUUGGGUUUGCAUCACUCCCAGAUUGUUCGGCUGUAUUACCGUCGUUGCGUUAUAGAGACAACUCUCAGGACUUUUGUACACAUCAGCAAACAAAUUCUGUAUUCCUGGAUGCCAGCAUUACAAAGUCAGUUUCUGAUGGAGACGUGGAUGCAGUCAAUCAAUUCCUACAAGAAAGCAAGAACUUGAAUGUAACGGAUGUUAAGAAACGCUCACUUUUACACUACGCAGUUGCACACAACCGGCUAAAAGUUUUAGAGAAACUGUUGGCUUAUGAUGUAGAUGUCAAUGCUGCAGACUAUAAAGGGUGGACUCCACUACAUACAGCAUGCCAAUUAGACCAUCGAGAUGCGGCAAAAAUGCUUAUUAGACACGAUGCCAGCAUUACCAGUCAAACGUCUGGUCAUGGUUGUAUGCCUGUUCAUGUUGCAGCUCAGUGUGGCUCACUUGGUGCUAUGCAGGAAUUACUGCAUGUUAAUGGGGAUGCCAUGUGCUUUGCAGCUGACAACUAUACACCCUUACAUUAUGCGGCUUGGGGUGGUCAUGUGGAUGUUAUUCGGUAUCUUCUGAGUCUUGAUUGUAAAUACGAUCUACUUGAGGCAAAGACGUUUACAGAUGGUUACACUGCCGUUCAUGUGGCGUCUCUACAUGGAAAGAGAGAUGCUCUGAAUGAGUUGAUGUUACGUGGAGGAAGUACAAAAAUAAAGACGAAACGUGGCGUUGACUGUUAUGGCUUGUCGGCUCAAGGCAAUCAUACUGAUUGUAUGAGAAUGCUAGCUGAGCCAUGCAAUGCGGGAACACCAAGAAUUGAAGCUGGGGCUACUGCAACAUAUCUACCACAUUCAUUGUCAAUGCCUGAGGCACGCUCAGACACUCAUUCACAACAAGGCAGAGAAACUAAGGAAAUCAGAGAAUUCGACGCUACAAAACUUGAAAGCAGUCUUAGAGAAGCGAACAGGAGAUUAGGUAAUGUUGAAGCAUGGUUAGCAGAAGUGAAAGCUAUGAUCGCUGAUUUGCAAUUGGGAGACAAAAUACAUCCUACGAAAUCGUCCUAAGAGCUAGUGUAACAUGAAGUUGUUAAAAUAGAUGCAGAAGAUUUGCAGAGUAUUCU